CUUACUUUCAAAUGUUGCCAGAAUGUCGUUAGUCACUGAGAACCACUCCAAUUCGACGGCUCCUUUUGGCCCAGUCACCACUGUGGAUUCUACCGCUUGUCUCUCACCGAUCGCUACCCAUUCCUCUUUCACAUCGUUCACUGGAACACUAGACGCGCAACCUGGUGCUCUAUUAUCCGAACUGCUCUCAGACUGUGACCCACCUACGUGUUUGGACUCUAUCACAGAGACUGCCGCUGUUGUUGCUGCGGCCGCCGCUGUGGUGACCACCACACCCACCACUACCUCAGAACUUGAUCCCGCCACCGAACAAGUGGUUAAACCUGAUCCGAGUACUACUGGCUCGAUGCGAGACCCUAUGCAUUCCUUUGUAAAAUCCGAAGCUGAUACAAGUUUUUAUCAAACAAUUCAUCCUGCCUCCCUUCUCCACCAUCACACUCCCAAUUCACAAGAUCCGCAACAGACACACCAGCAUCGGUCCUCGGUUUCCAUGGGUUCUAAUGGAAUAGAACCAUGUAACACUGUCAAACUUGAGGCUUGUGGUCGCUCUGUUGAAGUCUACGCCAACGGCCACAGUAAACGCUUGGAGCCUUCGGGCGGCGAACAUCGACUCCAACAACGGGAGUCCAAAUCCACUAACCUUAACAGUGGCGGCAGCAGUAGUACCAGUAACGCUUAUCCGGCCAGUUCGGCAACUCAGGCUGCUUUGGCCGCUGCAGCUCUGGCCAAGGCCUCUGCGGAACGCAGCAUGAAUGCUCCGUUCUCGCUUACCGAACGGUCUACUGCUCGUCGACGUUCCCGUGGUGGUGGUACACACGAUGGAUCGAGGACCAGUGACUCAGACCGACGAAUAUCCGAUGUUUCAGAUCCCAGCUCAUCGGACAAAAGCUCCGAUAAGCAAACCCGAUCCUCUACCGACCUAGAAGUGAGUGCACUGAGCAAUCCUCUCCUAAACAUGGUCACUUUCUCCGACCUAAAAUACUGGUGUACGGUGUUCUACUAUGAACUGAACACGCGCGUGGGUGACGCAUUCCACGCGGGCCGUCUCACCCUCACUAUAGAUGGGUUCACGGAACCAUGCUAUCGGGCCGACCGAUUCAGCUUAGGAAGCCUUAGUCACGUGAACCGCCCGCCACAAGUGGAAAGCACUCGGAGGCAUAUUGGCCGUGGUCUUCGUCUGCAUCACGUUGGUAACGAAGUAUAUUUGGAAUGUCUGAGCGACGCCGCAAUUUUCGUCCAGUCCCCCAGCUGCAAUCACUACCACAACUGGCAUCCGGCCACUGUAGUGAAGGUCCCUCCAAAGUGUAAUUUGAAGUUAUUCGACAGCCGGACGUUUGCAAAUCAGUUGGUUGAGUGCAUUUCCAGAGGGUACGAAGCGGUUUUCGCGCUAACCCACAUGUGCGCAAUCCGUAUCAGCUUUGUUAAAGGUUGGGGAGCUGAAUAUCGUCGCCAGACUAUCACCAGCACGCCCUGUUGGGUUGAGAUCCAUCUAAAUGGACCACUCAAAUGGUUGGACUGUGUCCUUCGUCAGUUGGGUUCUCCGUCUAUCCCAUGCACUUCUGUUAGCUGAGUGUGCCCACCGUAUGAACUCUUUCAACUGGAAUUCAAUCGAUCGCCUUCCCGAAUUGCGCCAUCUCUUUUGUUUCUCCGAAUUUUCACUCUAUGAUGCACGCGUUUGGAGCUGCCAUUUCUAAUUUGAAUGUGCAUGUACAGGGUGAUCUCCUCACUGUCAUUUUUUGUUUUUCUUCCCCAGGCAAUUUACCUUGCUGCAUUUAAUCACGAUUUGUGGUAAUGUACUACAAUUAUUCCGUUCCAGGCGGAACUUGUUUGUUACGUACGUUCCAUCGACAAAAUGCAAGCCUCGUGUGAAUGAGCAUCAGAUUAUUUUUUUCCUUUUUUAUGUUUUUAACCACUGUCUGAGCGCCACUUAGCCAGAUGACGAUGAUGGCCACUUGUGACGAACAGACCAAGUGCGCUUUGAUGAUACUUAUAUGGCCGACUUGUACAGAAAGACUAUGUCCAACUCCUUCUCUCCAAUUUGUCCGUCCCCUCUCUCUGGGUUUUCUUGCUGUCUCUCGUUGCGAUCUACUUCACCUCAUCUUGCCAUUUCGAUUUUAUUUGUUAUUAUUUAUCUCUCCCGUGGUCGUUUACUUAUGUAAAUUUGCACACAGCGCACACACACACAACCACACCAUUUGCAGGUGACGUCCAUCCAGUAAUGAUUGAUCAUUGGUGAUUUCUUUACUUUAUAUUCUACGCAAUCUCCGAUUCGUUUAUGGGGAGCGCUGUUAUUGAAAACUUCAAUGCUACUGUAACUACCGCUACUGUUCUCCCGUUCGUGCUGUUUUGCGAACGUCAGUCAAAACAGUUCGUCACUUUCAAGACUUGGAUGAAA